CCUAUAAUGCUGGCAAAGCUUUAGUGAAGAUGUAAUCCACAACAUAUGGAGUGCUGAAGGUUGCCUAUCCAUGAUCUAGCAUUGAUUAGAAUGGGGACAGCCUGAAGUUGUACCUGUCAUACCUGGCACAUGUGGCCUUAAUGGGAUCUUCUGGGUGCCAUGUCCCUGUCAAUCUCCGCCAUGGAGGUUUGUCCAGCCAAGAAAAGAGCCCCGCUGUGUUGGAGUAAGAUCAGUAAAGUUUCUUUUCAUGUAUUCGAAGGGCGCGGUAAACAAAACGGUUAGAAGAUACUACAGUGUUAGGAAUACACCGUGCUUGUAGGGGUCGCAGCCUCCAUGUGUUGCGGCCCUGGCCAGUGCGGUAUAUCUGCCGGGGACGCACAUGUUGGGGCCCAUCGUGUAGCCCAUGCUGUUAGGGCCACCCGAAGGCUAUGGAUUUUCCCUUUGUUGACAUCACCGCUUGGAGGAAGUGAUUGCCCCGUCACUCCUCCCAGCUUACAACGGAAGCCGCACGGUAGAAAGAAAGGAGGGAGUUAGUGGAAACUCUGACUCCCACCAGGCUUAGCCACCACUGGACCCCAGGGAAGUCACCCUCCUGCUCUUAAAAGGUAGGAAACAGGAGGGUGACUAAAAUAUUUUUAUAUGUGUGUGUUUGUUUGCAUAUAUGUGUGUGUGUCUGUGUAUAUAUGUGUGUUUUGUCAUCAGCAGCUGCGACCCGGCCCGUCACUCCAGGGACCCAAAGGGAGAUUGAUUUGUGCACAUGUUUCCAUAAGAUGAGCACAAGUGAUGUAUUUAUCUUUAUCAGAAUCUAAUGUAUCUAUGAGGAGAUGCUGAUUAGAGCAGCGCUGCGUUUUGCUGCACAUGCGCAUUAGCCUUCCAAUACUUUUCUAUGGGAAAACAUUGGAUUGGCUGAGAUCAUCAAGACUGAUCUCAGCCAUGUAAGCAGGGGGAGGUGAGUAGGCUACAUUUAUCUCCACAGAGAGGGAAAUAAAUGUAUGGUGUUUCUUUAAUUUUAUUUCCUGUAGUCUUGUAUUUUAUUUAUUCACACAUGUAUAGGACUCAUUUGUUUUAUUUAAAAGAACACUAAGGGUAAAAAAAAAACCACUUUUUAAUGACUACAUUAAAGAGGAUCCUAUAGUGCCCGGAAAACAAACCCAUUUUACUGGCACUGUAGAAUCAUGGAGUGCCCCCCUUCCGCCACACAUAUAUCGCUGAAGGGGUUAAAACACAUUCAGGCACUUACCUGAAUCCGGCGCUGGGUCAGGCUCCACCCACGGCUCAGCCGGCAGGGGAGAUCUAAUGCGCAUGCGCGGCAAUGGUCACGCACAUUAGACCUCCCCACAGGAAAGCAUUAUUCAAUACUUUCCUAUGAGGAAAAUCUGCCGCUGGAGGUCUGUGAGGACGUCUAGCGUCAGAUAAAGGACCAAAAGUAAUUUUGGAUUCCAGAAACCCUCUAGUGUCUGUCUGAUAGACAGCCACAGAGGGCAGACUUAGAGCUGCAAUGUAAACAUUGCAGUUCUCUGGAACUGCAAUGUUUUACAUUGCAGCACUAAGUGCAAAAGGGUUGCAGCACCCAGACUACUUCAUUUAGCUCAAGCGGUCUGGGUGCCUACAGUGUCCCUUUAAAAAGAAUUGUAAUCUUGCCUUUAUGCUAAUCUAUGAAUCUGUAUUAUAGGAAAGUGAAUAUGGCACCCAUGAGCAGAUUGAACUGUAUGAAGAUGUCAUGUCGCCUUCUGCAAAUAAUGGAGAUGCUCCUGAAGACCGUGACUACAUGGACAAUCUAGCAGCAUCUGCAGCAGAUGAAGAAGUGAAAGGAUCUGCACCUAAUGUUGUGUAUACUUAUACUGGAAAAAGAAUAGCACUAUACAUUGGAAAUUUAACAUGGGUGAGUGCAUACUUUUUAUAUAAAACUUCGCAAAGUGGUUAAUGCAGAUACAUUCCUGUUUCUUGCGUACUGUUAAAGCAAGCCUCUACAUCAGGAGUAGACGAUGUUCGGACCUCCAGAUGUUGUAAACUACAUCUUCCGUAAUGCUCUUACAUCAAUAAUGAUAGAAAAGCAUCAGGGGAGAUGUAGUCCGCAGCUGGAGUGCCGAAGGUUGCCUACCUCUGCUCUAGAUAGUAAUUGCAAAAUAAGGUUAAAAGUUUAUGCAUCUACCAUGUCUCACAUUAAAGGGACACUAUAGCCACCAGAACUACAGCUUAAUGUAGUUGUUCUGAUGAGUAUAAUCGCUCCCUUCAGGCAUUUUCAUGUAAACACUGCCUUUUCAGAGCCCCUAGGGACACUGGAGGGGAUUCCUGGCUCAGGGCUGCACAGUAAGCAGCCCCACCGUUCAGAAGCCCCAUGCUCUGCAUGGAGGCACUGAAUUUUCCUCAGUUGCAUUGAUUCAGUGCAUCUCUAUUAGGAGGUCCUGAUUGGCUAAAACGGCAUUUGGCCCUGCCCCAUGCCGUUUUUAGCCAAUCCAAUGCUUUCCCUAUGGGCUAAAAAGCGGCAUUUUGAUGUCACAAAGGGGCUGGAGCCUGCACCGGCAGAACUGCGCAGCGCUGGAAAUAAAACUUUAAUAGGGAAGCUAAAGGUGGGGGGAGGGCAAGCCACCUUAAUCGUUGGUUAAACACUAUAGGGUCAGGAAUACAGGUUUGUGUUCCUGACCCUAUAGUGAUCCUUUAAGCAAUUUGCAAGAUCACAAUGUUUAUAUUGUCAUGGGAAGUUAUGCUUUACCUCUAAACAAGAUAUUCUAGGAAAUAGAAAAUUACAAAUAGAUUGUUUUGGACUGCGUAUGGCAUUUUAUAGAGAAACGGAAAGCUGUAAUUUUUCAUGUUUGUGUAGAACCUAGCAUUUGCUUCUUUAUAUCAUAGUAAUCGAAAUAUGUUAGCAUGAUUUAAGUGUGAAGUAGAGGCAGUUGCAUGUUUGUAUCUUUAUAUACUGAUAAUUUGAUUUUCUGUAUGUAGUGGACAACAGAUGAAGAUUUGACAGAUGCUGUUCAUUCUCUGGGUGUAAAUGAUAUUUUGGAAAUAAAAUUCUUUGAAAAUCGAGCUAAUGGCCAAUCGAAGGGGUAUGUAUUUUCCAUGUUUUGCAGCAGUUAGAUUUGUCAGACUUUUAGAGAAGAUAUGGAAUGCCCUGUUUUUGUGUUUCUGUAGAUGACUGGAAACAAUCACCAACUGAUUUUGUAUGUUGUAACAAUAGUUGGAUAAGUAUGAGCAACCUUGUUUUCAUACAGAGCUUAAAGGGAUUUUAUAGUGUUUGGAAUACAAAUUUGUAUUCCUAACACUACAGUGCCAAGAGGCCUCCCUUCUUUUUUGAUGUCUUCUGACAGGGGGCUUAAUCCGCAUGCAUGGCGAGUGCCGCUAGCACAUAAGGCUCUCCCUAAAGGAAAGCAUUACCCCGAUGCUUGCCAAUGGAGAUUUCACUGACACUGGAUCUGGGUGCCUAGUGUCCCUUUAAAAUUUACACUCACAAGGCAAAAUUUUGCCCUCACAAGUAGAAAUUCAGCCCUGUUAAGUAUGUAACGGACCCUCCAGGCUUGCAUGGCACGUAACUUUUAAGCCAUGACUAGUAAUAUGGUGCUUGCAUUUUUUAAAGCGGCUCUGUCACUGUGUGGGAUCUUUGUAUAUUUUGCAAAGACUCUCAACAGACUGCUCUGCUUGCUGUCCGGUUUACCAAGGCGCACUGUAAGAUUUUUGCUUACCUGACUUUUUCACUUGUCACUGCCACCAUGAUCAAUCUACUGCUCCUCCACUCCUGGUGCUUCAUUUGUCAGGAGCCUACAUCAAUGUGUUAUUCUCAUGUAUGUAUAAGAGUAGAGCACUGAGGCCUAUGGAGCAUCCCAUGAUUUUGGGAGGGGUGUGUGAUGGAGCUGUUUUAAGCCCUGCUUUAUACAAACCAAUUGUACUCACUCCUUCACUCACUCCUUGGCUGAGAUCAGAAUUGAGAUUGCUUCUUAUGGGUUUAACCCAAUAAGUUAAAGCGGCACUGUCAUGGUCGAAUCCUGUUUAGUUUUAUUUUUUUUUAUUUUUUUACCCCCCUCUCGACUACACUACAUCUAAUUGUCCCCCUAGUCUUCCCCUAAGCCCCUCAUUUGACCUAUUUUUGCAUCUUUAUUUCGUGCCUUGAAUUAGGUCCUGGGCGCCGCCAUCUUUGUGUGGGCAGAUAAAGGCCCUGUGGGACACGUCAUCUGCCCACACUAGACAGCGCUGUGAAAUUCCAGCGCAUGCCCAGUUAAACACUUGGGCAUGCGAACAGGAAUUUAAUCUAUUCAUACAAUCGUCAGAAAGCCGAAUAAAUAGAAAUUUCAAGCUAAUGAACAAAGACCUCUUCGUUCGUUUAUUACAAGGAGGGAGCUCGCAGCUCCCUCCUUGUAAUAUGUAAAAGUAGAAGGGACAGAGAGGGGAGUUCUUCCCGCCACUUCCUAAGCCCCCCCGUGUCCUCCAUCUCUCUAUGGGGGUCAAUAUGACCCCCAUAAUAGCACAAGGGAGAUUAAAAUCGCUAUGCCACGAGUAGGGGCAUGGCUACUAAACAGUGAGCAGCCAGUGUGUCCCCCCAACAAUGAGCGGCGAGUGUGGGCCCUAAAUGAAAAUUGGGGGGGGGGGGACAACACACCUAUUAUCCUUCCCCCUGGUCCUCACCCAGGUGACUAGGGGUCCCCAAGCCCCUAGUCACCCCCCACCCAAAAAAAUAUUUUAAUAAAGACCUACCGACUCACCCUAAACAAUAGUGAGGGAGGAACAAUAAAACCAAAUCCUUGUAAAUAAAAAAUAAAUUACAAUUUGUCUUCUUUUUUUCUAAAAUCAUCGCCCAUGGGUGGGGGCCAGGGGUUGGGUUCGGGAAGGACAAUAGGUGACCUCCCCAUUUUCAUUUAGGCCCCCCCCACCCCCAUUUUCAUGAUAUUCUGAUCCGAACAAAGUCCCGAAGUGCGUCCUAUCACGAAUGGAGAAACUGUUCUUAUUCUGUUAGGACAAAAUUCGGUAGUUCUGUCUGCUUUCUGUCUUAAUGACAGGACAUUCGGGAAUACUGACUGGAAGCAGCGCAAGAUCACGGAGGAAAGUAAGAAUUGUGGGAAAGUUUCUCUUCCCACAGGAAAUGGAGCACACUUUGCUCCUCUGCUGGUCAUAGAUGGUCAGGCGUAGGAAACCUACAUUUGACAAAUAGUCCCUACUUUGUCUUAUGUUUUAAAGUAAACUAGAGCAGACAGCAAGAAAUGAAGAACAGAUCCUGAGAGAGGGAGAUCGAUUGGGGAAAGGUACAUUCGGCAUGACGGUGCCGCUUUAAGACAGUGCCAUUGAGCUCCUGACACCUUAAUGACUUAAUUUAGAUAAAGUAAUUAUGGUACUUGGAGUGCGACUUCAAUUAUUUUGACAAAUAUAGAAUCUGAAAAAAACAGGUUUAUAGAGAGCGCAAAAGAAAAUCAAUAAUAUAGUGGAUUUUCUAAGCAAGUGCUUCAAAUUACAAUUAUCCACAAGAAAAAGUUGAUGUACAAAGCUGCCCGAUACACUAAAAACCUUCCCAAGUUUUAAAACAUCAUACACGACAUAAAAUGAAAUAAAAACAGUAUCAGCGCUUAGUUAAUAUACCCCUAUUUUUUUGUAUAGGGGUCAACCACGAAAAUAUAUUAAAUAAAGAGUCCUGGUUGUAAUCUUAAUGGGGUGCUUUCAAAUGUCCGCAGGGAUUUGAUAGUUGUAACAGAAAUUGAUGAAGAAAGACUUUGUCUCUAUAUGUAUCCAACAAUAAAAAGUGGUGAAACUUAUUUCUAAGGUUCACAAUAAAAGCGUAGAAAUGCAGAAUAUUGGUUGGUAAAUAUAGUUAUCGCUCCGUGGAUGUUAAUCCCAGACCGGUCCUGUGCACUCGGAUCGAUCCUCACUGAGACGCCAACUAACCAGUAUUGCUGCAGUCUCUCCAAAUUCAAAAAUCCCGCCAGAAACACGAGGAAGCUCGUUUGAAUGAGCGAAACGCGUAGAUCGUGUUUCUGGCGGGAUUUUUGAAUUUGGAGAGACUGCAGCAAUACUGGUUAGUUGGCGUCUCAGUGAGGAUCGAUCCGAGUGCACAGGACCGGUCUGGGAUUAACAUCCACGGAGCGGUAACUCUAUAUUUACCAACCAAUAUUCUGCAUUUCUACGCUUUUAUUGUGAACCUUAGAAAUAAGUUUCACCACUUUUUAUUGUUGGGUACAUAUAGAGACAAAGUCUUUCUACAUCAAUUUCUGUUACAACUAUCAAAUCCCUGCGGACAUUUGAAAGCACCCCAUUAAGAUUACAACCAGGACUCUUUAUUUAAUAUAUUUUCGUGGUUGACCCCUAUACAAAAAAUAGGGGUAUAUUAACUAAGCGCUGAUACUGUUUUUAUUUCAAAUAUAGAAUCUGGCAAUACAAUCUAUUUAAGCUAUGGUUUCUUCCAUGCACUUAUGUUAUUGAAAAUAUGUUCAGUUUAUGCAAAGGAGAAUAUAUAUAUAUAUAUAUAUAAUAUAUAUAUAUAUAUUCUCCCCACCCUUAAUUGUAGACAUUAUUUUUUUGAAUUAUAUUUUUAAUCUUAUUUUAAAUUGUUUAAGGUUUGCACUAAUUUCUGUUGGCUCGGAGUCCUCUUCUAAGAAACUCAUGGAUUUGUUACCUAAACGAGAACUACAUGGGCAGACUCCAGCUGUCACUCCAUGCAAUAAGCAGUUCCUUAGUCAAUUUGAAAUGCAGUCAAAGAAAAGUAAGUAUUUUAGACAUGUGAUUUUGUAUAUUGGCAGUAUUCGCGCCAGUACAGCUGGUUUCUGAUUUCCAUAAGUCUUGGGUUUCAGGGUAAUGUUUGCUCAAUGGGGUAUUUAGUAAGAAAUACUGGAGGAUAAUGAUCUUUACAUUGUAAUAUGUUGCAUAAUCUAACAGGAGAAAGAGCUUUGGUGUAGGGGAUAGAAAAAUCCAGGCAUGGGAUUGUACUGGAAGUUUUGAAAGCUGGCUUCUGAUUUCCAUAAGUCUUGGGUUUCAGGGUUAUAUUUGCUCAAUGGGGUAUUUAGUAAGAAAUACUGGAGGAUAACGAUAGAUGGAUUUGUAGCUAUUUAAUACAUUGUCAUGCUGAUCUGUGUAUAGUGAGUUGCCCAAUUCUAUAAUUUUUAAGUAAAAUCGGGAUCUUUUAGUCUUUUAGCUGUUUGGUACACAAAGUUGUAUUUAAGUGUUUUUGUAGAAUCUUUUUUUUUUUAAUUUUUUUUUUUAUGGCAGAUUAAAUUAUAUGUGAGACAGCUAUGAUAAGAGCUUCAUUUUAGCAAAGGUAUAAGGCAAAGUGAGACAGGAACAAAUGGCGUUAUAUAAACAUGGUAUAAAUCAGCACUGUGGAAUUCUGAGAACAAGUGCAAUUGUCAGUAUAUCAAGACAUUUAAUGCUUUAUGAAAAUGAUAGUGACUUUUGGCUAGGCUUUGUAUGUUUUGGGAUGUAGAUACUUUCUGUUGUAUUCCUAUUGUUGCAGCUGCACAGGCUGGCCAAAUGUCUGGAGAAGGGAAGGCUGGUCCGCCUGGUAUCAACGCUCGUUUACCAUUUCCGCCUGGUGGUAGGGGCAGAGGUCGUCUCCCAACCUCAGGUCCUGGUGGCGACAGAUUCCCAGGACCAGCUGGGCCUGGAGGUCCUCCACCACCUUUUGCUGGUAUGUGUGCUAAAAAAACAAAAGUGUAUUUGUUAAACUACCACAGCUAAAAACUGGACUACGGUCCCCCAUUCCCCGAGCAUAGACAAAUAACCGCGAUUUAUAUAUAUAUCUGCUAAUCAUGUAAAGUUAAAAUGUGGAAUGUUAGUGUCCUAUUGAUUUGACUCUACUUAAAGGGACACUAUAGUCACCAAAACAACUUUGGCUUAAGGAAGCAGUUUUAGUGUAUAGGUCAUGAUUCUGCAGUCUCACUGCUUAAAUCUCUGCAAUUUAGGAGUUAAAUAUCUUUUGUUUCUGUUUCUGCGCCCCCAGUCACACCUCCCCUGCCUAUGGCUCACACACCAUGCAUGAAAAAAAUGGUUUCACUUUCAAUUAGAUGUAACUUACUUUAUAGUUCUUAUGUCGGCUAAGCUCCCGUGGUUGGCAGAGCAUACAUCAAAUUUGAGGCUUUUACCUACACUGAUUCCACCCGAGAUCCGGUUCAGCACCUCAGCUCACAAUGAGGAAGAAGGCUAAAAAGCUUAAAACCCUUACGGGGCUCCGCGAUAUCGCGGACCUCCUAGGCUCAAAAUGGCGCCGCAAACGGACCCACAUUAUUAAUCCUCUGAGGAAGAACUUCUUGAUGCACUCGAUGACCAUAAUCAGCCCUCAACAAGGGGAACACCUGACAGCCCCAGCUACAAAGGGGGAUAUCAAAGCUCUGAUGACAAACAUAAGAGCCGCCUUUAACGCUGAUCCGGAUAUAAUCCGUGAGGAUAUAAGUGGUGACAGCCAGAGUACAGGCUAACAAGGAUAACCUCACCUCCAUUGCCCAAAUGCAAACAGACACAAAGUUAUUACAACAACUCAAAGCAUCCCACAAAACCAUGCAUACCCUGGAUGACGCGAGGAGGCGCAAUAACCUCAAAAUCAGGACUAUCACCGAAUCAGUUACUGAACAUGCUUCAUUUUCUACGCUAGCUAUUGGCUACUCUACUGCCACAGUGCUCUGCAAAAGGUAUUCAGGUAGACAGCUGCUUCAGACUGGCUAUGUCAAACAGGGCACUGGCUGGGGUUCCCCGAGAUGUUCUGGUACGUUUCCCACUGCUUCGCGAGAAGCUGGCCCUACAAGAAGCAAUGAAAACCAGAACACCCCUUUAGUUUGAGGAGAUGCAACUCCAAUUCCUGCAGGGCUUAUGUCAGUCCACCCUGGAAUGGAGACGGUCCUUCCAACAUGUAACAAAGACUCUGCAAACAGCUACAAAUGGGGCCACUCCCGAGCCCUAAUAGUCAACAAGGCUGAACGCACACACCAGCUUUCCACCGGGGAGGACUCUGCUGCCUUCCUUCAGUUCCUGGGCCUUCUCUGUCUUCAGAAUGCACGACACGUCCAGGUCACAGCUGGGAAGUACACAGGAUUGUCCCUUUUACCCCAGGUGCUGCAGCUGACACCGGCUGAUAGUGAAGAAGCCACACAGAAACGGACUGACUCCUUAACCAGUCCCAGUUGCUUGUUAUUUAUGUUUUUUGUUAUUUUAGAGUAUCGCUCAGCACUGUUUAAGUGUGUUUUUUAGUUUACACUGUUGACUCCAGGUGCCAGCCCACCUUUUAAGAUCUGUCCCCUGAUAAGAGGACAUAGUAACCAUGUCUUACUACUCUGCCAGUACACUCCAACCUGACUCGCUUAACAUGUGUAUUCUUUUGUUUACUGGUGGAAUGUUCAUUGUCUUCUAAUUUAAAAUGUGCACUACCAAGCUAUGUCAUAUCAAUGUUACUGAAGUUAUGCAUUCGCGAGCUGUUGGGGCAUUGUAUGCAAGAUUAUCAACUCUUUGCAUAAUGAAAAAAAAAAGUUCUUAUUGCCUGCUCUUUAAAGUGAACCUUAAUUAUACACAAAAUUCUUAUUUGGGGUCUAGCAAGCUAUCAACAGUGCAGGGGGUAAUACAUGUUAAACUAAAUAUAAUUUGCAAUGAAGGAAGUAUAAACGUUAGCUGACUCUUUACAGGAAGUGUUUAGGAAGGGUGUGCAAGUGACAUGCAAGGAGGUGCUACUAGGGUGCAUAAAGUUAUUUAACUUCUAAAUGGCAGAAAAUUGAGCAGUGACACUGCAGGGAAAUUAUCUAUACACUAAAACUGCUUCAAUAAGAUAAAGUUUUGGUGACUAGUGUCCCUUUAAAGAAAAGGGGGAGGCGGGGUUAUAUUGUUAGGUAUGGUAUGUGGUGAGAGAUAUAGAGUACAUUUCCUUCUUAGAAAUGAUAAGCUUGUGUAUGUGUGAUGCAGCUACAACUUCUAUCUUGAAUAGAAGAUGCUUGAGAGAAGGAAAGAUCAUGAUUUGUUUUACCCCUGUCAGUUUUGUGGAUGUUGUGGCAUGUGUAUUCUACUUUUAAUAUCUGAAAUAACGAUUUAGAUUUUUCAUCCCAAAAGGUAUGACCCCUCCAAGACCUCCCAUGUGCUUACCAGGUCCUCCAGGACCCCCUGGCCCACCUCCACCUGGACAGCCACUUCCACCUCCACUACCUGGACCACCAAAUCGUGGUGACAGACCACCUCCUCCUGUUAUGUUUCCUGGACAGCCAUAUGGACAACCUCCUGUACUUCCUGUUCCUCCUGGUCCACCUCCACCUGUUUAUGGCCCUCCGCCUGGUCCACCCCCUCCCCAACAAGGUCCACCGCCUCCCGGUCCCUUCCCUCCACGUCCCCCUGGGCCCCCCAUGGCACUUGCUCCUCCACCCCAUUUACCAGGCCCACCCCCUGGAGGUCCCCCACCAGCUCCACAUGUGAAUCCAAACUUUUUCCCUCCUCCUGGUAAUGCUGGCAUGCCAACAUCAGAUAACCGUGGGCCUCCACCUUCAGAUCCAUAUGGUCGACCACCGCCAUAUGAUAGAGGAGAUUAUGGACCCCCAGGAAGGUUAGUUUUUUUCAAUUUUUUUACAAAGGCUGUUAUUCAUUGGUAAUCUGAGAAGAUUUUGCUCCAUUGUUUAAAUUCAGACUUUCUGCCCAUUACAGGGAUAUGGAUCCUAUUAGAACCCCUUUAAGUGAAGCAGAGUUUGAAGAAAUUAUGAAUCGCAACAGAGCAAUUUCAAGCAGUGCUAUUUCAAGGGCGGUGUCUGAUGCUAGUGCUGGUUGGUAAAUUUUCAAUAUACUGUCUUUUAUUUAACACUAGAUGUCAUGUAAAAUAAAGCAGGGCUAUUAAUACACAUUGUUAGAAAAAUAUCUGGCUUUUCUAUCAUGCUUAUUCCCUAUUUUCUACAAUGUUUCAAUUAAAAAAAAGGUUGUUAUGGAGAAUGUGAGAAUUCUGGGUGUAAUGGUUUAAGUAUUCUAAACAUAUUUUUAAUUCCUUGUGGAAAAAGCUGCGCCUCGGUAUGCAACAUAAAAUAGUUUUUUUCUUCACUGAUCUAUAAUUUUCUUUCUCCCAGGAGAUUAUGGAAGUGCUAUUGAAACUUUGGUUACUGCUAUUUCUUUAAUUAAACAAUCCAAAGUAUCUGCAGAUGACCGUUGCAAAGUCCUCAUAAGCUCUCUGCAAGAUUGUCUCCACGGAAUUGAAUCAAAGUCUUACGGUUCUGGGUCUAGGUAAUGUUUUCUCUCCUUUUCUACUCCAUCAAGAUUAGCUGACAUUUAUCUUAGCUUUUACUUGAAGUGUAAUUGUAAGUAAUAAGUAAUAUCUGUGUUCCAAGCAUAAAUAUUUAAAAAUAGUUUAAAAAUAAGAAAUAUUUAUAAAAAUAUGGACUAUUAGAAAAGUUUUCUCCUCCCCUAAAGGGUUUUUAACUAAAUUGAACAUCUUAAUUCAGAUUGAAAAAUGUAUAUAAUAAAAGCCAACUUUGUCUAUAGGUAAAUUGGAGAAUUUAUCAAUCUGCUAUUUUUUUCUUUAAUUUUAUGAUUUAAAGUUCAGUCACAAUUUGGAUUUUGAGUAACAGCUCUAGUUUCUAUUUGUCUAAGGGAGCUAAUAAAUUGUUUACUCACAAAAAAGUUUUAAUAUUAAUCUAAUAAGAAAUUAGUUUUGGUGCUGAGAAGAGCAGUUUAUUGAAUUAACACAAAACUUUGAAUUUACAUUAGCAGUAUUAAUUUAAUUUAAUGAAGACUCUUGUACAUUAAAGUUUUUGAUAUGUGACUAGAAAGAAAAUUACUUUUUCAAGAAACAUUUCCAGAGUUUUGAAAAGCAAUUAAUCAAGUAUUUCCUUUAGAAGACGUGAGCGUUCAAGAGAAAGGGACCACAGUAGGUCACGAGAAAAGAGCAGGCGUCACAAAUCCCGAAGCAGAGAUCGACAUGACGACUAUUACCGGGAAAGGAGUCGUGAGAGGGAGAGACACCGUGACAGAGAACGGGACCGUGACAGAGAAAGGGACAGGGAGAGAGAAUAUCGUCAUCGUUAAGCAGGUGGGUAUUUUAAGACCUGGACCAAAGGGAUUCGAGGAACAGCUCAACAUUUCUAUGUGUGUGUGUGUAUAGCAGUAACCUUUAACCAGUAGUUUAUUUUUCAAAAUGAAGCCUGCUGGUAAGCAAGAAUAAAUAAAUGUUGGCAAAGUUAAUAUUGACAUAUAGAACAGACAUAUGCACUUGUGUAUAAAUUUUUUUAUUUUUUUUAUUUUUUUUUGACGUCUUAGGUCUUCAUUUAUAAGGUAAACAUGGUCUGUCAUAUACAGCAGCUCUGAAUGAUUGUUUCCACAUCACACUCACAAUGCAAAUGACGACAUCCCCAUCACCUCUCCCUCGCUUAAAAACACCAACCUUUCCUUUUUGCUGCAAAUACUCAGCAUCUUUAACUUAUACAGUUGUAAGAUUUCACAGUUUCAUGUUCUUGUUUUCAGUUGAAUUUGCAUUAUUUUGUAUGUAUCAGUUAUGCGUUUCCUAUAAAUUCACAAACUAGGGAGAUUUUUGCAGUAGUAAAUCACAUAUUUACUAAAUGAUAGAAAAAUGGAGAUAAUUAGGUUUAUUUGCAACAUAGGAGUAGGUGAUGUGUAGAGUCCCACAAGGGGAAACCAUCAUCAGGAGAGCUGCACUGUAUAAGAAAUGAGGAAGGGAGGCCCUACCUUUAAUCAAUCGAAGGAUAAAAAGGGAUAUGCAAACAAAAAAUAUAACUUGAAAGAAAAAAAGAUCUCCCUUUUUUUCAAGUAAUACAUUUUGUUUGCAUAUCCCUUUUUAUCCUUCGAUUGAUUAAAGGUAGGGCCUCCCUUCCUCAUUUCUUAUACAGUGCAGCACUCCUGAUGUUGGUUUCCCCUUGUGGGACUCGACACAUCACCUACUCCUAUUACCUACAUAUUUUGGAGGGUUACCCCCUCAUUGGAGCUCCCUAUUAGGUGGUUACAGUGGUACAGCUCAUGAGCCAUUGACUUGUAUCUGGACUCCUGACCUGCACUCGGUUUACUUUAUUUCUCCAUUUUAUAUUUGCAACAUAGCCUCUGCAAGCUUCAUGAGUGACUGGUGCUGGCAUUCUUCCUUUUAAAGGAGAUUGAUAUCCACAAAUCAUGUAGAAGUUCAGUGUACUUGCAAUUUAUAUUGUGAUGGUACAAUCCCCAACAAUAAUAAUUGUAACUGAAACAUGUACUUACCUGGAGAUUGCUUUCUGUAACCAUCAAGAUGGUUGCCAGACAUUAAUAGGAUUGGUGCAUGUACCUCUGUCAUACAAUAUUGUGGUAGCAGUGGCAUUCCGAGUGUUUGGGGCACAGGAGUCCUGCAUGAACUGCUGAUGUAGACAAGUCAAGGAGUAUAAUAGAGUAUUAAUUGCACUUCUAAUAGUGGAUAGAGGUCGAAGUAAUUUUAGUCAGGGGAGUGAACUGUUGUAGGUCCUUACUGAAGAGCAAGCUUUUAUACCUCCUCAAUUUCUAUUUUAGUCUUCAUGUGUUGUCACAUGUAAUCCUGUGCUGCUGUCACAUUUUGUCAGGUUUUGGCUGCAUUUGCACAUAACUACAUAUUUGUGAAGAAAAGGGUGCACACCAUAACUUGACAAAAAAAACACCUUGCCUUUUCCAUAGUCUAUAUGGCAUUGUGGAAAUAAUUUUUCUAAGCUGCUAUGCAUAUGACAAUUAUGUCUUAUGUAGAUAGUUCACCAGACUGAGACAUGAGAAUAAAUUAAACUUUUUUAGUCAAACCUCAAAGUUACGUGCACACACAGUCAGUGAAAACUGCUAUUUCUGUGCAAGUCUCAAACUUUUUUCUUUUUUAUAUUCCUUUCAUAUCUUUCAGGCAGCUUAUAGGUGUCUCUUCAGUUCAGAUUGUAAAAGUGGUGAAUCAGUUAAAUUUGAUUCACUGGUGUAUAAAAAAAAUAUGGAUUUUACUUUUUCUGUGGCUUCUGCAUUAACAUAACUAAUCCAUAGUUCUGAGUUCUUUCAAAGCAUACUGUGCACUUACCCGUAUAGACGGCUCAGGGAAUUGUUUUAUAGAUAUUUUAUUUUUUAAAUGCAAAAUAUUUUAUUUACCUUUUUACUUUCCCAUGGAUGUCCUUACAGAAGAUUAGAUGACAUUAUGUUUUAAAUAUUCCUAGUCUUGUUGCAGACUUACCUCUGUUAUGUUUUCCUAAUUUCCAGUUGAUGUGUUAUGUCCACUUAUCAUAGCUCUAUCUUUUGGGAUUCCAAUCUUUGCUUAUGGACCUACUUUUUUGUGGUUGCACAUACUCCUAACCACUUUCAGGUAAUCUGCUCUAUGCACUGAUUCUCUUCGGCAGCUGAACCAGACACGUUAACAAUGUAAGUUAAUAACUGCUUCUCAGAUCUACUGCACCUCAUGAUUUACUUUACCUUUACGUAACUAAAUUGAUGCAUGGAAUAUGCAAGACAGGGCACCUGGUAUUUACAAAACUUUUUGUACAUUGGCUCUUGGCUGUAACAAUACAUUUUUACAUGGAUUCACCUUACACCUGGUCUGUAAGUGCCUGCAUAUUCCAAUAAAUGUUAGGUUAGUUAAAAUGCUACUCAUUCUAGUGCUAUUUUUGUUACUGAGUCUUAGUAGUUCAUUAUGCUCUGUUCCCAGCAGGCUAGUUUAGCUUUUCACGGGUGACCCCUACUAAAUCUGACCAGUGGGUUUCUUAUCUGACGUUUAAUCAGGUAAAUUUAUUUUGAAUUGCCAGAGUCUAGUAAAUUAAGUUGUAGACUUGGCAGUUCUUUUACAGUGUGAUAGCCUCUGAUGAGACAGGGGAAUAGUAUAUAGUCAUCUGUUGGCACUCUCUUAAAACCACUUUCUACUAUUAUCCUGUGAACAAUUUUCUUUUUCUUAGUAUUAAAACAGAACUGGAAUCUCUUAAUAUACAGAAUAAAUAGGUAUUUGGCUUAUUUAGAGAAUAAGCUCAGCAUGUCUUUCAUUGUCAUCAGUAUCUAGUAGUGCCAGUCUGUGAGGGUUCUUACACUAUGAUUUGCACUUUCAUGAUGUAUUUGGGUGGGUGUGCCCAUAUUCCCAUUAGGAAUGUUGUGGAAGACCUGCUUCUCUUUAUCAAUUGGGAUGAAUACAGUAGAUGAUCUAGAAAUCGAAUUGUAAGAAAUACAACAUGAAAAAGGUUAAAUAACUUUAAACAAAAGCUUAUGCUGGUGCUCACGUAAUACUGUAUGAAGAGCUUGUAAAAAGAAGAUAUUCUGGUGGAUUUUGUUUCUUGCCUAUGGUUCCACUUAAGACCUUAUAUCAGGUAAGUGUUCCCUCUGAACAUUACGAAUCAGUUCUUGCAGAUACUAAAGAAUUUUCUCUCAUGAAAGGUUGAAAUGCCGGUGAGUAAGGUUUCACAGGGGAUUGCUUUAAAAAAAAAAUAAAAAAAAAAAUAAGCUUUUGCAAUCCCACGGGUCAAAUCAUUGCUAACCCAACUGCUGCACCAUGUGUGCCCAUCCAAGCUGCCAUGAGAUAAUUUAAAUCGUAAGGUGGAAUAAUAGAAUAGCAGAGGAGGAGGAUGAACUAUAGAGGGGAAAGGGGCCAUGACUGAGUGUGGCAUGUAAGCAUAAGACAUGAAGUUCCAUCUGCCACUUUCCCAGGUAGCUAUGUUAACACUCGAUGGACUUAAGUGGGACCAGAGGUGACUAUUUAGAGUUUAACAUGUUGGACUUUUUGGGUGGAUGUUUGCUGCACCAUAAUUUUACUGUGCAAAAUUUCUUUUUUUCCUUCUGGGAAAGGUGAGAUGCCUGGGGGUUCUGAGUCCUUGUUUAAAUUAGUGGUUCCCAAACCAGUCUUAAUGACCCAGCAACAAUCCAAGAUUUGUGUUUUUCCCUUUUUUAUGCUACAUGAGAUUGGUUUGGGUACCACUGGUUUAAAUGAUAAACACUGGUUUUGGCAAAUUAGUUAGCACUUUUUGCUUUACAGCAUGGAGUCACAAACAAGCAUUUUUCAUGUUCUUUUAGUUCUACUCGAGCUUUUGCACUUUUCACAGUAGAGAUAGAGUAGAUAAGCUCGUUGUGCUUACAGUAUUAAACACAGACAUUUGACUCCCAUUUUGUAAAGACGUGAUGUACAAAUGUGCACAUGGCAACUGCAUUGUUACAAUGUCAUUUUCUCCAUAAAUCUAUUCUAAGUUUUCAUAAUAGGAUUUUAUCGUUGUAGUAUUUUAUGAAUUCCUUGUUUAUAAGGAGCUUGAUAUUGUAAAGCAUGCACUGUGGCAGGGAUGGCAUGCAGGUAGUCAUCCAGCUUUUUGCCAAAUGGUAACUCUUUGCUGCCAUGCAGUUUGGUAAGAAUGCAUGGUCUUCUUGUUUGCUAUUCCUGGCACAGAGAAUCAAAUACAAACUAUGAUGUGCAUAAUUAUUUUUUUUAAUGUUUUUGAACAAAGUGUAAAACAGAAUAUUUAAUUCAUUGUCAUUUUUCGAAACUUAUUAAACAUUUCAUUUUUUAUUUCAUAGUUUUUGGAGCUACAGGUUUGUCUAAAGGUUUGACAUUGCACUUAUCAAUCCACUGGUACUUUAUAAUGCUGAACCUUAUUAAACUCUGUUUGUAGGAUACCAUUCUGAAAGAAUCUGACAUUUUGCAACAUAUAUAUUCACACUGCACUACAAACAUUAUUAAAAUAUUGUUUUAAUUUGUCCUCAUGCUGUAUGUGUUUAGAUGUAGAUCCAAAAUAUGAGGAGACUAAAAUCGAGGGAGGAGAUUCCUAACCACCUAAUCUUUUUUUAGUUUGUUUUUUUGACAGUUCUAGUGUUAUUUGCCAUUUGUAAUGGUUACACAUCAAGCAAGUAUACAAAUUUUCUCCUUUAAAAAUAAAAAAGAUGUCGAACGGCGUGUUAAAUAUAUAAUUUUUUAAUGUUUACUGUUAGCUCCACAACCUGUACUUAUUGCACUAAUAUUGCAAUACUGAAAGUCCAUUCAGAGUUCGUGAUCACAAUAUAAUACAGAAUAAAAGAAAGGUUAAGCAAUUAAACUGAACCAACAAUGCGUGAAUUUGCAUAAGCUGAACAAAAGCUGUGCACAAGUUGUCUUUGUGAACAGAUUACAUAUGUGUACGUCUUAUGUAUGAUACUGAGAUGACAAAUGCAAACGAUAUUUAUACUGUAGAGUAUUACAGGAUGUAAUGUAAAAAAAUAUAUAUCUGAAAGGCGCAUAAAAUUUAAAAUAGAAAUUUAUUUUUAACAAUGUAUGUUUCUAGGUAUUUGUACAGAGUAGAAUGUAAAAAGAUUUCCCAUAUGUAUUAAAAUUUAAACAUUAAUUGUACUGGUGCACAGCUAACUAAAUAUAUCCACAAUACAGUUAUUGUAACUGUUAUUUAUGUCUAUUUUUUAUUUUCAAUGCAAAUUUUAGAUUUUGCAUGCUGCAAGAGUAACUGAAUUUAUUUAUUGUUACGCUGUUUGAUUCCCUUUGCAACACUUGCAAAAUUGUGCAGAUUUUCUACAGAAUGUCUUACACAAAAUUAUAAAGUAACAGAUUCACUAAAAUGUUAUAUUUGUCUUAAUUCCAGCAUAAAAAAGUAUAAGCAAACUAAAUUACUAAUGGACAGAAGACUGCAAAAUUAAAGGGUUACUCAUAGCAGCAUGACCUCUUCAGUGAUCUGAAAUUGUCAUGGUAUCUGGAGCGUGUAUGUGCAGCAUUUACCUAUGAAAUACUGCACAUACAGAAUUUAAUCCCUUUUCUUGCUGGAGGUGUAAUGCCAUCUCUAUCAGCAUCAUUGGGUUUGCCUCACUGAAACUUUAGCAUAGUCCAGUAUACAUAAUAAUUGUAUUCAGAGUGACAAAUUCAUUAUAACCAGUUGCCACUCUUGUGAUUACGGAGAAAGAAUCUUUUCUGUGCAUUGCACAGUUCAUUCCUAAAUCAUUUUGUGAACAUUUAGUCUUACAAUAUUUCCACAGACCCCCUGUUUUAUGCUCUUGCAUUCUUAAAUAUGCAUGCGAUUUAGACUUAUGGCGAGGGUUGAACAAGAAAGAUGCUAAAGAGAUUGAACUUCAUGUGCGUAUAUUUCUCUCCCACAUAUUGGUGAACAUUUCACCUGUUGUGGGGCCUUUAGUUUAAAGCAGACCUGUCAAUUUUAACAUUUGCAAAAAAUAAAUAAUUGGUUUUAGGAUCUGUGACCAAUCCAUAUAAUGAAGAAAACCAGUUGAGUGGGUGCAAUGGGUUAAUGUUAUAGAGGACGGAAUCUCUGCAACAGUGGUGUUUAAAAGUGCAGAACAUACAUAAAGGAAAUGGCCUGUAGGACAAAAUAAAAUGGAGACUAUUAACAUAUGACAAAUUGAGACAGUUUGCAGCAUAUAACUCUAUGAAUUGGGAUUUUAAUUUAAGAGCCAUCAUUGGUUUGUUAUGUGUAAAAGAGGCAUCUCCUAUUUUGCAGUUUAUGUACUUAUAUAAUAAACGUGUGUGUUUAUUAGUGUUAUAUAGAUUUUCAGAACGCCGCAAUGUUUAUAACCAUCAAUUUCCUGGCUGCUAUAUUUUGAAUUUUGUCAAUCAGCUCCGAUGAUUAAUAUAAUUUGACUGUACAUUUUUUUUUGUAUGUAAUUUGGAUUUUAGUUAAUUUAAUUACACAAUUUAUGGACACACAAACCAUGUGGUUAAAAAUAAAAUGAGAGAAACCAUUUGUCAAAUUACAAAAUUUAAACAAAAGUUAUGGAGCUAUAUCCACAUUGGAAGAAUACUACUUUCUGUACGGUAACAUUUCUCAAUGUGCUUGUAGACCUGUUAAAUUCCAAAGUUUAACAAAAAGACACAUCAGUGGCACUUUUAUUGUAAAUUGUGGUAAUACCCAACAUAUUGAAAUAUUUUGUAAUCUGUUGCAUAUAGACAUGCUGCAAUGAUUUUGUGCCAGGGUGAAAUUUUAUAUAAAUGCUGUAAUGACACAUACGUCUGCUUUGUAAUUAUAUUUUUAAGUGUAAUAUAUAUUGACUCAUCCAGUGUGUGUCACAUGAUGUAAUUUCAGCAAUUGCUGUGAUAGGCAUUGAGUUUAAAAUGUUGAGCACAAAAAAAUUCUGUUACAUUUUUUGAUUAUAAUGAAACAACUUGUGCAUCAUAUUUGCCUUCUAAUGAUACAUUCUGGUGUAGAUUUAUUGUUCCAAAUUUACAAGCAUGUUAUUUGUACAGCAAAAUGUAUUUUUGUUUUGUCUUGUAUUUGCACACAUUGCCCAUAGCUGUUUACAGAAACGUUGGUUAAACUGUUAAUGUAGACCGUAUUGAUUAGCUUGAAUGCAUGUUUUUUUUUUUUUUGUAUGUGUGGUUUUCCUUUCUUUAUACCUUUUGCAUAUUAAUGAUUAUUAUAGUGCCCCUUGCCUUUUUAUUUUUUCCAACAUUAUUUCCUUGGGUUGGAUCUCAGUAACUGGACACUUUUGUUCUCUGCCUAUGAUGUCUGCAGUUUGCCCUUCCAUGGGAUUCAUUUGACUGAUGGGCUAUGGGUAACUAAACUUUUUCCACUGAGAAGAAACUUUGCUCAAAAGAAAAUUGACUUUAUUGUGUUUUAAGGCACCGUACUAUCUUGCUUUUUUAAUUCAUGCAUAUUGAAUUUUAAGAAAUCACUUGCCUCCUCCACAUUCUUGCACAGUCAGCUGGAUUCCUUGUUAUCUGACCCCAAUGCUUGCUGUUUCUCCAUGAGUGCACUAUAUAGCAAGGCAGGCUUAAAGGACAACUGGUACCUGAAAGUGUGUGUGUGAUAUAUAUAGUUUUUUAUUUUUUCAAUCCUUUAAAGUUUAGAAAAGGCAUUAUUUUCUAUUUAAUUAAGAACAUCAAAUCCCUUCCUUUAUUAUAUCUUUUAGCCAUAUACAUGCAUCUUGGGUCACAGUGUUAAAAACACUCUGAGGUCUUCCCUGCUUCGCUACUUGCACAGAAACAAGUGGGUUCAAUUACAUAUAUUACCUUACAUAAAGGUGCAUGAAUAUCGCAGAAGGGUCCUGUCCUGUACUAAAGCAUGGGUGUCUCACCUUUUGGCUUCUUUGGGCUGCAUUGAGCAAAGAGGAAUUGUCUUGGGCCGCACAUCAAAUAUAUCCUAUAGUUAAUGUAUAUAAGUAAUUUGUUUAGUAGAUAACUCCCUUAUUUGUUAUCCUUUUAAGGAAUCCAAAUUAGGUAGCGAACUACUAAACACAUACCCAUGUAUAUACAUAUGCACAUACCAAAGAUGUACAUGCAGAUACAAUCAGACCUAUACACGCACACAAUCACAGACCCACACAUAUACAAUCAGAUCUAUACACACAAUCACAAACAUACAAACACAUAACAGACAUACACACUAUGACAGGAUUAUUAUAUUUAAUUUUGAGGUAACGGUGGUAGUUCUGUAUAUUGACUCUCCUCCGUUUUCACAACAGCUCUGUUUUGCUGGUACGGUGAUCUAUGGUAGACUUCUAACAUUGUUACGUAAAAUGAGUGCUCUUUUUGCUUGCAGCAUUUUCUAUCAGAAGCCUCUAUACAUGAAAAGUCAGGCAGAUAGAGCACUUUUGCCUUAAAAUGUCAGGUUUGUAUAUGAGUGUCCUAAUGGCUAAAAUGUAAUGGUGUUGCAAAGCAGCAGAGUAUUGUGUGGAAACUAGCGAAGGGUAGUGCACACAUGGUAAAAUGGUGAGUGUUGCAUCAGAUGAUGUGUAGACCAGAAGAUGGCUGAUCAAAAAGGUGGCAUGAGAAAAGGUAGGCAUGUGACUCCUCCUCACACCCCCCACUCCCCUCCCCCCCCCGCCACAAUAAAAUGUCAAUGUACAUGAAUUAAAUCAAUUUUAAAAAGGUAUUGAGUGACCUGUUAGAACAUAAAUAUUACAUUGAGAUAUUAAAGAAAACUUAAUGUCCAUUUUCCUUUGAGCUCCACUCAUUGCCAAAGAUCCUGCUCUACAUAAGAAAGAAAUUAACAUUUUUACUUAUGUAUUUAGGGGUGGGGGAAUAGUGGGACAAAAAGGGAUUUAAAAAAAAAAAAAUUCAAAAACUUGACAGUGAUGCUUUAUGCAGCUGGAAAAAAAAAGGGACUGUUUUGCUUUUGACAAAAUGAAUUCAGCCUCUAUUUUAUUUUUUAUUUUUAAGUAAUGUUAGCACAGUAAUAGCACAGCUUAGUGUUCCACCGUCAUUCCAUGGAACAGUUAUUAAACCAGUAAUGAGUUGAUGGCUUUUUAUAUGGAAUUUUCAUAUUAAACAAAACUUAUAUUUUAAAAUUAUGAAAACUUCCUCUUGGCAAUCUGAAAUAGUUUAUAUUUAGAGCACCUUUAGUCACAGUCUAGCUUAGAGGAAAUCCCUGGGCACCAGCACAACUUAAAUAAUUUUUCUGCAACAUAACUCCACUCCUUUCUUUUCACAAAUCAUCUUACUUCUAAGGUAAACAGUGCAAGUAAGCCUGAGAGAUGUGUGUGGACUGAGCUGCUUAUUUGACCCUACCCUUCAACAGCUUAGUGACACUUUAUUUGUAUAGUAUAUCCAAGCAAUGCUAGAGGGUAAAGGGGCAUGGUGUUGAGCUGCUCAGCUCACACUAGUUGGCAAAGGCUGAGCCAAGUACAUACUCUGUACAUUUAAUAAGGAAUUUGCUUUGUGCCUAAGAGGUAGAGCAACACCAAACCCACGUUUUAACUUUUAACAAAACAUUAAAUAUAAAGUUGUGAAAUAUUUCAGGACGUAAUUUAAAAUGACAAAACAAAAAUCUUAAUGUAUCUUUCCUGGUAAAAUAUUUUAUAAAUAAAAUAAAGUGCAUGUAAGUCAUGUUGGUGCCUGGAACGUUCUUUUUAAGUUUGUGCAACACGGUAGAAUAGAUAUUGUCUGAUUGAUUGGUACGGUUGAGAAUGGUCUGGGCGGUAUAUUUAUAUUAUGCAUAUGUCAUUAAGACUGAUGCAAAAUAACAAGUAAUAAGUGUUCUUAGGAUGUGUGCCACAAUGGAAAUAUUUUGUUGACCAUGUGUCACUCCAUUUUACAUGUGUUCAAGUGAACACUUUAGUAAAACAUUAUCAAUUGACAGCACUGGAUUGUGGUGUGUGUGUGUGUGUGUGUGUGUGUAUGUGUGUAUAUAUAUAUAUAUAUAUAUAUAUAUAUAUAUAUUUUUUUUUUUUUGAGCUGACCAUGUUCUUUUUGAUGAAGCAGUAAGGACUGAAAGCUACAGUUAAACAUAUUGCUUUUUCAUGUGUAAUCCGUUAAUAUUUUUAGGAGUCCUCUUACAUACAAUUAAAAUUUAAAGGGGCUACAACUGUUGCACCAAACCUGACUUGGUGCCACUUGAUAGAGAAAAUAAUUGCCUCCUUGCAUUGUCAUGAUGUACAAUUGGAAAGUUUUUAAUUUUUCGACUUCCUUCAUUUUUACUUGCGUGCAAAUAGUAUGUAGUACGGCCAUGCCUCAAAGUGACACAGCAGCAUCCCAUAACUCCUAACGUGAAUUAUGGCAUUACAUUUUCAGUUUUUAGAUGUUUUGUUAGACGGGCUGACAGUGGCAUGCACAGCCACUUCACUUUAAUUUCAGCCUUUUUGUAGAACUUUUAGGAAAUAUAACUUUUAUCUGCUACUUUUUUGUGGUGCAAUACAUAAAUAAAAUUUUACCUAGUUGUACAUUUCUCAUUCACAUAAUCUGUGCAUGACUUUAUUUAUUUUUAACUUUGUCACUGUUUUUUUAUUUUCUUUACACUAUCAAAAGGCAACGUUCUAAUAGAAUUUUCUGCAGAUGAUAGAAUUUCACCAUAUUUAUUUUUCUAUACUCUAACAAAGGCGGGUUUUGUUGUGGUUCUGUACUCUUGGUAAUAUAUAGAGCUCAUUUAACAGCUACGUUGACAUGUUUUCCGAAUUUUGCUUAAGUUUACCUUUCCAUUAUGUGUGAUAGCUCAGAAUUAAGUUAGUGCAAUAGCAUGUUUGGACUUCAAAAAUACUGUUUACAAGUGCUUUAUUCCUAAAAACCAAUUCAAUUGGCCAAAGAAUUUCUUUAGAUCUAUACACUGCAUUAGUACAUUUUGUAUCAUUUCAUGCCAGAACAUCAAACACGAUUGUAAAGCUCCAUACAUAUUGUAUUAACAUAAAGACUAUGAGAUUUAUUCUCUAAACUGGGGAUUAGGGGAAUUGUAAAUUUUAGGCCAAAAUAGUUGAAUUGUAAAGUCUCUCAAAUUUUUUUUUCUGCUCUAUUUGGACUUAACAUUUGCAUUUACGGUGUUGGUUCUCUUAAAUACCUGGUUAAGUAGGAAACACUGUACAUUAAGUUAUUUUAACUACUUGCAUAGGAUUUAGUUCUAGUACAAAUGGUUUAAUCUUGUGUGCAUUAACAUCUGGGUUUCACGGUACAAUUUGUAAAAAUCAAUUUUAAAUUGAAUAUUUUUUUGCUGUAACUGUACUGGCAACUUAGUAGUUUGUAAUGUUAAUUACAACUGUGAUCAUUUUUUUUUUUUUUUAAAUGUACAUUUUUGUGGUUGCACAGUAAAGAUGCCUCCUGGGUGGUAUCUUAUGUUAAUGUAACACUGUCCUUGCUACAUCCUGAUAAAUGUUCAUAUACAUAUACAUACUCUGCCUUUUAGAAUGCACAUCAAUUUUUUUUCAUAUUCACGGCUAAAAGUUAAGUCGAGAACCACCUAAAUACCCAUCAAACACAUCUUAAUGUUGUAUUAAGUGGGUUGGUUUACAGUGUUAACCCACACUAUUACUCAGUAUCAGACAAAAUUUUUUUAACUCCUAUCGUUUUCCUAUGUAAAGGUUUUGAUAAAGGAGACCACUCUGGAGUUUCAGGUUUGUCAUCUUUAUCAAACUGCAACCUUUACCUUUUUGGUUCAUAAGAAUAAUGUUGCUAAUUAUGAGCCAUUUAAAAAAAAAAAAAAAAAAAAAAAAAUAUAUUGUUGCUUUCUGUAUGUUAAACAUAGAAAUUAAAUAUUUUGUUUGAUUUGUGUGCUGUAAAGUGGACUUGUUAUGAAAGCAUUUUCCCCCUUUUACAAUGGGUCUAUAUAUUGUAUUUGCAAUUGUGCAUAUUUGUAUGUUUAUGAAAACAUUGGCAAUUGUGUCUCUGAAAGCAAAUAAGGUGGUAUAUACUUGCUCAUUUCUUAUUUGGCUAAUUACAUUUUUCUGAUUAUUGUUCUGCAAAUGACUCCCUCGAUUAUUAAAUUUUAGGACAUGCUCCGUCCCAAAAUAAGCAGUCAUAGUCUGCAGUAUUGUAAAAAAGAGCAAGUAUCUAGCUGUUUGAAAGGGCAAAUGUCAAGUCUAAUGGUGAGCUUAGGGCUGCUUUCAAACAGGUCCACUUUAACAGCUAACCAUUAUCAAUAUCAAUGUAAAAGCAGACCUUUUUAUUUUUUUUGUUACAUAAAUAUACAUUGGAAAUUAGAGAUCAAGUGGUUUUUUUUACUGUUUUUUGUUCUGUGGUUCAAAAAAUCCUGCCCUAAACCCAGUAUGAACAGGUGUGGCAUGAAUUAAUUCUUUGGGUUGCUUGAUUCACUAAAUUAUGAGCUGUGGUAAGCAGACACAAAACUUGAAAUUUAAGGACAAAGCAAAACAAAAAUGUCCCAACAUUUUUGCGAGUUUGGCCUUAAUUUUGGAAGUUGGUUAUCAGCUCUGGUUAGUGAAUACAAACACUGUAUUGACCACUUUUUCCAAGAAUAACCACUGUCCAAUUAUGGAAUCUUGUAGCUAUAUCAAAAUGAGUUUAGUUUUCUUAAACCAUCUGUAAUGUAUUGUCUGCCAUGAAUUGUAUGUACUGCUUAUCAGAACAUUAUAUGUUAUAUAUUGUACCAAAAAUCUACAUCACAACAUUUUAACACGUUACAGCUGUAAGAAGAGGAGCACCUUAAAGAAUCACAUAUAUUCACCAUGGAGAGGAAGAUGCUUCUGACAUCAGUUUCACCCUGCAUAUGAUUCAACCUCUCAACUUUACAUGGAUAAAAUGAACAGAUCUAGAUGUGAAUAAAGCAAAUCUGCAAACAUGGUAACCAGUAGAUAUACUUUUAUUUUUUUAUGUUGCUUAAAUGUUUUAUUUGAAUGAAACCUGUGUGACUUAAACAUUAAUAGCUUUUUGCAACUAUGACUGGUUAUUCAUUUUGGCAAUUUUCUAAUGUGCAAGCAAUUGGAGAGUCCAAUUCAUUAUUGUUUUUAUAGUUGUUUGUUGUUGUAAAAAAGAAAAAAUGAGAAAAAAAAAUUCAUGUUCUGAUGUCUGUAAAUGGCACCACCUCAAUUACAAUAGAUGUAGUGUUGUAAUAAACUGUUUAUUGGGGCUGAUGUGUAAAGCUUUUCAAGUUAUUUGGUGUCUAAGCCUCAGGGAAAGUCUUGUUUUAGCAAUAUUUUUACAAAAAACAAUAACCCUUUUAUACCAUAAAUAAUCCUUGUUAGCUGUGUAUUUGUUUCACGACAACCUUCCAGUUGGGUUGUAUUCCUUUACAUAAUUUGUGUGUGAAAUAUGUAAGUUGUUCUUAGGGAGUUUUUUUUGUUUGUUUUUGGUUUUUUAACUGUCAGAGUGGAAGCCUGAUAUUUUAAUAUACUUUGUAACCAUCAAAAUGGGGGUGGAGGGAUAACAAAUAUUUAAACUAGGCAAAUAGUUCCUAACUUAACAGUGUCCAAAAGCUUUACCAUUCCGUUAAUGUUUUUGUUUUUUUGUAAUGUACAUAAUGGCAAACUGCUAUUGAAAUAUUACAGGAAUACAACUGAACUGUCACUGUUGGUUAAUUUGCUGUUCAGUUACUCUUGGUGUAUAGAUCAGCCUUUGCUCACUGUUACUCUGGUUAGAAAUUACGUGUUGGGCAUCUAAAUUUUCAUUAACCCCUAAUUUUCUUUCUGUGAAAGAUUUAAUGUAAAUCAGAACUACUUCCUCCUACGAAUACUUGGUUUUGUUCUCAAGUUUUUCAGACCAUUGGUGGCUUUUGUUUUAUCUCUCCUAACUUUUCUGUUAACCAAUUUGUACAUAAUUCCCACAGCAAUUUGGCUCUGCAGCAGUGCAUACAAUGUGAUCAUCAGGUCUCAAAAGGCAUGUGUUCACACUGAUUCUCACACUCUGUAACAAGCCAUUGAGCUUGCUGUUUGUGUGGUGGGGAUCGUUGCUUUAAUAAUUUGCUGCUGAAAAUAUUCUGUUUGACCCCUGCUAUGGUGUUUUUAUAUCCUUUUUAUAUGUACUGUUUGUAAAAUAGAAAUUACAGCUUAAAACUAUUUAUAUGCUUAAUUGUUAUCACUUAACUACUGUUACUACGGACAGGAAUCACGUGUGGAUGUUCCAUUCUUAAAAUUUGAAUAGUGCUUUUCACUACAUAAAAUACUAGAUAAAAAGGUAAGUAUUAUAACAUUCUGCUCUCAAUUCCCUCUGUAGCUUAAAUGCUGUAAGUAACACUAACUUUGACCAUACAGAGUUUUGUAUAGAUAACAUUUGAUUUGGUGUUGCUGUAAACCAGUGGUUCUUAACCUUUUUUUUUUUUUUUAAACAGGAACCUAAUUUGGAGUGGCACUGUAAUUUUAUUUUUUAAUGUCUUUAUAUAAUAUUACAUCCACCCCACACCCUCAAAAAUAAGGAACCCUGCUUAAGCCAUGCUCCUUGCUAAGAUUACACUCUUCACCUUAAAUUAAAAUAAAUCUGUCGCUUUAAGUCGGUAUUAGCUCGGGUGACCCAUUUGUCUGUUGGAACAUUGCCUCAAUUAUGUUACUCAAAUGUAGUAACCUAUAACAAUUCAAUAUAAUUGCCUUGUAUUUUUAGAUUUUGUUACCCAUUUUUGGGGUGCAGAAACCAGAGAACUGAUGAAUGACGCUACUGUUCAAAAUGUUGGGAAGCCACUGGAGUAACAUGGGUGCUCAAUUUGGGGUGCUCACAGAGGUUAAGAACCACUGUUAGACACACUGUUCAUUGCAUUGCUUGAUAAUUCAUACAGUCAGACCUGGAAAAGGAAAUCAUUUUUUCUGCUUGUCCCUGUAUUCACAUGUGGUCCACACCAGAUUUUUUUUUUUUUCUACUUCCACCUCCUACUUUAUCUCUAGAACAGAAGGCUUCAAACUCUGACCUUCUAGAUGUUGCUAAACUAAAACUCUCAUGAGUAUCUGGUGAUCUAUUUCAUUCAAAGAAUCAUGGGAGUUGUACUUCAGCAACAUCUAGAGAAUUAGCGUUUGGGGAACCCUGCUCUAGAACAUGCUGUUAUAACAAAGCCUAUCCAAAAGUGUCAAACCUCAUUCUAGUAGAAAGUACAGUUAGCUGUACAAUAUUUUUGCAUAAAGCUGUAAUAUGUAAAUAUUGCCUGUACGUGCCAAGAUUGGCCUCAAACAGCAUUAAACUAUUAUUGUGGUAGAUUUAAGUUGGUUAUUACCAGUAGUUUGAUGUUGAACCUUCAACCCUUGUCUGUGACAUACCUUAUUUUACGUGUUAAGCUUAUUUACGGAUUAUGUGUAAAACAACUUUUUAUAGGUAAGUUUGUUUUAGGGAAGUGUGAAUUUCUUAAAUGCUUGUUUUUCCGAUUUUGUUACACUUUUAAUAUGUUAAUGUUUUGAGAAUAAUAAAAUUAUCAACCAUUUGAAAAUACUUUGAGUUGAUAUUCCAAGCCAGUAUAUCAGCAACUUGAAAUACAAGCAAAAAUGUUAAAUAUUUUACUUUAAACAUUUACUUGGAGUAAAUAAGUAAUUGGUAUUGAUGCACAAAUGUGCAUUUUAUUGUUUUAAACUUUUUCCUUUAGAUUUUUUUCUCACCCAAACCUUAUUCUUUAACUAGGUAUUUCAUUUUCUCUGCUGGCUGCAUUUGACUAUACACUGUGAGCUACGUGUAUUUUAUAGUGCAUGAAUUUUAAAGUUUGUUCAUUUAAUCAUAGGGCAGCAAUGAUAUGUUGCUUAUAUUUUUGGAGUGGAGAAUAAAUAAUUGCAGGAUCACACGCAAAAUUAUUAAGAACCAAAUACACUUCACUCAUAAAUCAAUUCAAAGUCUAGCUUAGUGCAGCUUAUUAUAUUAUGUCUUACAGCAGUGGUUUUCAAUCGGGUUGCCUCGCCAAACACAUUGAAGUCAGAGCUGUAAGCUAAAGGCAGCCCUUAAUUUUUUUUUUUUUUCAAAAAUUGUGUUUUUCUUGAGACUAAAGCUACUAAAACAUGUUUUUUUUAAGUAUGCAUAUCAUAUUAGAUAAAUUAAAGCUGAAAGUAAGAAAAUGCCACAGAAAUUUGCGGGUGGGUGUUGUUGGGCUUUGAAGCUGCAACGCAGCCAUUUGUAUAUCCUUAUGCUACCAAAAAAAAAACCAAAACAAAUGAUUGUUUAACCCCGGUUGAAACAUGCAUGAAAAAAAAAAAUAAUGUAUUUUUCAUUAGGGUUAUAUCUAAAAAUAGCUUGCAAAAAGCUGCAGAUCUCAUCCUGCACACUUUGCAAGCCUGCCCCUUAUAACCCUGCCCAGAAUUUUUGGAUGCCAAUCACAGACAUCCCAAUGCAGCUUAGUGAAAAGUUUUUGCUAGGCAGGUGCUCUAAGCAAUUGUCUGCCUCUUGAAUUUAGCUCCAUUGAGCUAAACUACCAGGAAGUAAGAGGAUCUAAUCUUGUAACACCUGUGUCUGACAGUCGAUUUAUAAAGGUGCCAAUUUUGUAUUACAAUCUGAACUUUUUGUAAAAUGAACACUGGAGGACACACUACUCUUCACUCAUAAAGCAAUUCAAGCAGCAGUGCUCUAGGGUUCUUGAGUGUCCUUUUAAUGUCAUGCACUCACAAUGUUUAAUGUUAGUCUGUAGUGAGUGGUUUGUGCAAUGCCAGACUCCAGUUUCAGGCAGUACCAGUACACACAUGUCCAACCUGCUGCACUCCCAAGCCUAAGAUACAUUGAUUCAGAAUCUCUCCCAAAUAUGCAGGGAAACAUUGAGCAAAAUUGUUCUUUUAGAGGAGGAUGAAUGAAAAAAGCAAUUCAAGAAGCAUAUUAAUGCACCGCAUUUUUAUUAUUUUGUGGUUGAUGUACUUUAUUUUGAUCUGAUCUGUCUUGUUUUAAACGAAAAGUACAAUGUAGUGGUCUGGGUGCAUCGGCCCUACCUGUUUACUCACAAUCUAAAACAUUGCAGUUUUAGUUCAAUCUUUUCAUUGUUUGAUUAAAGCCAUCUAGUGGCUGUCUACAUGACCGCCACUAGAUGGUGCUUCGACAGUAAGCAUGGAGUCUGACUUGGUUAUACACUGAUAGAAACAUUUGAUAGGUACAUUGUGGCAACUGCUACACAUGCACCAAAGUCUCCACAGUGCUUCUCAAUGAGAAGCAUUUGAUUGGGCACAAUAUCCAUCAAGCCUAAUGGCCUCUGCUGAGGCAGACCUAGCUGCUCAGAAGAGGCUGCAUCUGCCUUGUAUUGCAUGUAAGUAUCAGCUUAAUGUAAUAAGUUUUGUAGUUUAAAAUGGUGGUCAUGUAAACUAAACUACAUGAGUAAUACGAGGGUCUAGCAAUUAAAGAGUGUGUCCCACGGGUUCCUUUAACAUUUUCAGUGUUGUAUGAGUUGGAGCACUGUAGGGUCAGGAACACAAACAUGUAUCCCUGACCCUACAGUGUUAAAACCACCACAUGGCCCCCUCUUGCCUCCCUAAAGAUAGUAAAAUCUAACUUGUAUUCAAGUCUGCAGCUUCUGGCUCUGCCCCUGCUUGCUGUGAACUGCCUGUGUCUGCUGACAUAAUCAGAAGUGGUGGUCUGAGCCAAUCACAAUGCCUUCUCAUAGGAUUGGCUGAGACUGUCAAGGAGGCAGAGCCAGCACAAGUCAAACACAUCCCUGGCUAAUCAGGAUCUCCUCAUAGAGCUUCGUUAAAUCAAUGCAUCUCUGAGGAAAGUUCAGUGUCUGCGUGUAGAGGGUGGAGACACUGAAUAGCAGUGCUGGUUAUUCUGCAGCAUUACCAAAGCUAGCAGCCAUCUAAGGAGUGGUCUGUGGAGUAAUCACUAGGUUGUAAUGUAAACACUGCAUUUUCUCUGAACAAAUGCAAUAAGCUGUAGUUAUUCUGGUUACUAUAGUGUCCCUUUAAUAGCACACCAUUAUAUAUCUGAGGCCAAAUGGAAGAGAAAAUAGCACGUGCAUGCUUAGUCUUGGUUGAUGAGCCAAGCAAUGAAACUUUAGUGCACCAAAAAGUUGAAAUGUUAUAUUUGGUUUUUAGUAAUUCGUUUUUUUUUUUUCUUCUAUUCGUUGUAUGGAAAGAUAAACCCUGAUGUACAGAAAUGCUUGUAAAAUAAUUCAAAAUCAAGACAGUUACUUCUUGAAAUGACAUCAAAAACGUAAUCGCUGCACUAGGGGUAACUAUAGGGUAGACACACAAUGCAUUAUUAUUUGUCCAGCAAUGCCAUAUGUGAUCAAAUACAUUGGGAUCAGAAUUGCAUAUUUACAUAGAUCAGAAUUUGCAUAUAAUUGCAAUAUUUUGUAUUUCAAAUUAUUGGUACGUCAGCUGUAAAAUUGGUUUUAGAUUAGGGUAUAAAUAAGUUGAGAUGGUCUGGCAUGCUAGAAAAUGUUUGUGUAAAUACUAAAUAGUUAAAGCUGAGAAAUUAUGCAAGAUUUUAAAUAACAAGGAAACUAGCAUACAUAAAAUCUGCACAAUAAGUUUUGCUUAACAAAUAUUUUGUCGUUUUCUCAAGCAUUUGGACAUUACAGUAUUUGCGUUUCAAAAUGCUUAAAUGUAUGACAGUUUUCUUAUCCUUGCUUUUAUUUGUUUUGUAUUGUUUGAAUUGAAAUUGUUCGAAAUGAGAACACAUACUGUUUUUAAAAGGGUUUUUGUAUACAAAGAGAAAUUCUACAUACAAUCAUUCCUCCCCAAAUUCUUAAUCCAUGUAUGAGCAAGUGGGAAGCCCCAAAAAUUGUCAGCCUUAAACUUUUCAUGUUUACAUGGCAGUUGUCUUUAAAUGUUAAAAUAUUGUUUUAGAGAUUCUAAGACAUUAUUUCACAACAUUAACACUAACUGUACCUGAAUAUGUUGCCCAAUCAUAUAUUAUGAUGUAAAUUGUUUGUGAACAAAUACAAUCCCGCUAUAUAAUUCAAAUUGAAAUACAAAAAUAAAUAUACCAAAUAGAAAUGAUUCAAACAUUUGAAAAUGCCAGCACUCCAAUUGUUCUAGUGAUUCUUUAUUACAUCAAAUAAACGACAGCAUUUAAAAUAAAACUGGUAUUAAGCAAGCCUUCAUAAAGGGCACUGUUCUGCUGGAACUUUGAAGUGGUAUUUAUUGCAAUAGCGGUUCAGUAGAACUUGAUCUGGAUAUAUAUUUACUGUAUAGUGUAUCAUCUUAAAAAAAAAAAAUUGAUACGUGACUACUUCUGGGUGAUACGUGAUAACUUUGGUUAUACAUCUAAAUUGUUAGAGUUUAGUAUUUUCACUUUAAGCAAUUUCAUAAGUCAUGCAGUUUUACAGUUUGCAGAGUCAUUUGAGCCCAUUUCACUGUGUUAACGUGGGACAGGACUUACUCCUAACAAUUCUAAAGAAUCAUCAACACCAUUGUAAGGUAGACACUUCAAAGUGUAGUAUUUGAUAAUGCUUAUCUAUUUUCCUUCGAACAUUGUAUGUAAAUACCGUAUUUAUGUCCAACUCUAUAUAGUUGGAAAAUAGAAACUGCUCAUGAACAUGUUCAUUUUCUUUUCUUUGCUAUUUUGAUUAAAUAAAAUCUUUUUAAGAAAAAAAAUCUUGUGAUAGUAAAGUGUGUUCAAUAUGGUGACAUUGUGGUAAUCUUUCAAAAAGUUAACCCGUCACAUAUUUGUACACCAAAGUGUACUUAAUGGUUAAGUUUUACAUAUUAAAAUCACUAGUAUAUACUAAACAACUGUUACAUGUACGCUACAGAAGUAAUCGGAUAUUAAAAGGAAUUAAAACACUAGAGGGAAAAGUGUUCUAAAUGGUCAACCAUGAAAGGUACACUAG